GCUUUCAUCCUCCUCCUUGGGCAGCAGCACCGAUUUACCCCCGCACCCCUCCCAGGCCCCGGUGCAGCCCGUUGCACCUUUACACUGACAACUCAGUGAUGCAGAGCUUUACUUCCCCACCCCCAGCAUCCUCCUGUACCCAGUGCACGGAAUGUGGGAUGGGCAGGCACCUGCCAGAGGGGGGCGGGGCCUCUCUCACCUGUCCCAGGUAUAGUCCGGGGAGCCCGAAUACGCAGGAGCUCUUAGCAGCUCCCACCUCCCCGGACACCCCCUCAGCUGUACCGCCGGAGCCGCAGCUGCAGGUCACACUGCUACCGGGAGGUAUGGGGGGGAAGCGCUUCUCCAAAUUGUUGUCCCAUAUGCGUAGGUUGCCCCACAAAUAUCACCUUCUGGGAAGCAGCGAGCUCAAGGCAGAGGCAGAUGAACAUUGUGAGCUGAAGUCUGUUGAACACGAGGAUGAAGUUUUACCUUUACCUGCCAAGGAGGCCAGCAGACUGAACGCGAAUGAGCUGGUUAAAUAUUUACAGGUGGAUGUAGAAAGUGGCCUUUCAGAGUGCUCCGUGCUUCAGCGUAGAAUAAAGCACAGCUGGAAUGAGUUUCAAGUGGAUAACACAGAUCCUAUAUGGAAAAAGUACCUGGGCCAGUUUACAAAUCCUCUCAUUUUGUUGCUGCUCGGCUCAGCCUUGGUGAGCAUAAUAACAAAGGAGUAUGAAGAUGCAGUGAGCAUUACUGUGGCAAUCCUCAUUGUGGUUACAGUGGCAUUUGUACAGGAAUAUCGCUCUGAGAAGUCACUUGAGGAGUUAAAUAAGCUUGUUCCCCCUGAGUGCAAUUGCAUUCGUGAUGGAAAACAACAGCACCUUCUGGCUCGUGAGCUGGUUCCAGGAGAUGUGGUGUGUUUGUCUGUGGGUGACAGGGUUCCUGCUGACAUCAGACUGAUAGAGACAACUGAUCUAUUGGUGGACGAAUCAAGCUUUACUGGGGAGACUGAGCCGUGCAGCAAGACUCAUGGCUCUGUAGAUGAAGCCAGUGGAAUUGCAACACUCAGCAACAUUGUGUUCAUGGGGACCCUUGUCCGUUAUGGAAGAGGGAAGGGACUGGUUAUUGGAGUUGGUGAAAAGUCUCAGUUUGGAGAAGUGUUCAAGAUGAUGCAAGCAGAAGAGACUCCAAAAACCCCACUGCAGAAAAGUAUGGACAGACUUGGAAAGCAGCUCUCCCUGUUCUCAUUCGGAAUAAUAGGUUUAAUAAUGCUAAUUGGCUGGCUCCAGGGAAAACCCCUUCUAAGCAUGUUUACCAUUGGUGUAAGUUUAGCAGUUGCUGCUAUUCCAGAAGGUCUUCCUAUUGUUGUUACUGUCACCUUGGCUCUGGGUGUGAUGAGAAUGGCGAACAAAAGAGUCAUUGUUAAGAAACUGCCAAUUGUGGAGACCUUAGGUUGCUGCAAUGUCAUUUGUUCAGACAAGACUGGGACUUUGACUGCCAAUGAGAUGACUGCAACCAAAUUAGUAACUUCAGAUGGAUUGCAUGCCGAGGUUACAGGAGUUGGCUAUGAAGGAAAGGGAUAUGUCAGUCUGUUACCAUCCAAUGAAGAAGUUCAUGAAUUUUCCAGUGUAUCUAUAGGAAAACUUGUGGAGGCUGGGUGUAUAGCCAACAAUGCAGUUAUUCAGAACAACACUCUUAUGGGCCAACCGACAGAAGGGGCAUUGGUAGUCCUUGGAAUGAAGAUGGGCUUGAGCAAUGUAAGUGACAACUACAUUCGAAAAAAAGAAAUUCCUUUUAGCUCAGAACAAAGAUGGAUGGCAGUAAAAUGCAUCGAAAGGCAUAACAAGGAAGAGAUAUACUUUAUGAAAGGAGCUUUUGAAGAAGUCAUCCAGCAUUGUACCAUGUACAACAGCAGCGGAAGGUCACUACCAGUCACACCACAACAGAAAUCUUUAUAUCUCCAGGAAGAAAAAAACAUGGGAAUGCAAGGACUAAGAGUUCUUGCACUGGCCUCUGGGAGUGAACUUGGAAAACUUACCUUUUUGGGACUUGUGGGCAUAAUUGACCCUCCAAGAGCUGGUGUCAGUGAAGCAGUUCAGAUACUCCUGGAAUCUGGGGUCUCUGUCAAGAUGAUCACAGGGGAUGCCCUGGAGACAGCCCAAGCAAUUGGCAGGAACAUUGGGUUAUCUAAUGGACAUCUCAAAGCCAUUUCUGGAGAAGAGCUGGACCAGAUUGAUGAGUCUACACUGUCAUCCAUUGUCACCAAGGUGUCUGUGUUUUAUAGGACAAGCCCAAAGCAUAAACUGAAGAUCAUCAAGGCUUUGCAAAAGACAGGAGCAAUUGUGGGAAUGACAGGAGAUGGAGUAAAUGAUGCAGUGGCACUGAAAUCAGCUGACAUUGGUGUGGCAAUGGGUAAAACAGGAACAGACGUCAGUAAAGAAGCCGCUGAUAUGAUUUUGGUAGAUGACGACUUUUCUACUAUUAUGAAUGCCAUUGAGGAAGGAAAAGGUAUAUUCUACAAUAUUAAGAAUUUCGUCAGAUUCCAGCUAAGCACGAGCAUUUCAGCCUUGAGUUUAAUCACUUUAUCAACAGUCAUGAAUUUACCAAACCCUCUGAAUGCCAUGCAGAUUCUUUGGAUAAACAUAAUAAUGGAUGGGCCCCCAGCACAGAGUUUGGGCGUUGAACCUGUAGAUAAAGAUGCCAUCAAACAGCCACCCCGUAAUGCCAAGGAAGCCAUCCUCAGCAGAGCUUUGAUACUGAAGAUUUUACUCUCUGCUACCAUCAUCAUAAGUGGCACCCUGUUUGUCUUCUGGAAAGAGAUUCCUGAUGGAAAGGUUACACCAAGGACCACAACAAUGACUUUCACCUGUUUUGUUUUUUUUGAUAUGUUCAAUGCACUGGCAUGUCGUUCUCUGAACAAAACCAUAUUUGAGAUUGGCCUUUUCAAGAACCGUAUGUUCUGGUAUUCAGUACUGGGAUCAAUCCUUGGGCAAAUGGCUGUGAUCUAUAUCCCUCCCUUACAGAAAGUUUUCCUAACACAGAAUUUACAUGCACUAGAUCUGCUGUUUUUAGCCGGUUUGGCCUCUUCCGUUUUCGUAGCAUCGGAACUAAUCAAAUUCUGCGAACAGCACUGCUGCAGGAAAAGAACAGUAAAAGUCCUCGAGGAGGAGAUUUGAGUCCUUUCUGCUACUGGUGUUUCCCUGUAUAACAAGUUAUUGAUGACACUGUGACCCAUGAUGUGAUUUCCUUUUAUGUCACUUGGCAGCGCCGUAUGAUAUUUCCUGAGUAUUUAUGUACAGUCCAGUCUGCUGUUUAUAAGAGAAAACCUCCAUUAUCUGGCAUGAUUAGCAACAGAAAGACUUGCAAGAACUCAUCACACAAACCUACCACAUCUUCAUCAUUUUUUUUUGUACUUUAUAAUUCAUUUGAAAAUAAAGACUAAUCAUUUAUUUUUUAAAUAAAAAAAAAA